AUGGGCACCGCAUCCUCUUUGGUCAGCCCAGGAGAGGUUAUAGAGGAUGGCUAUGGGGGUGAAGGUGGGGAAGCCUGUGAGAUCCCAGUGGAGGUCAAGCCCAAAGCCCGACUCUUGCGCAGUUCCUUUCGCAGAGGACCUCGGGUCAUUGGGGCCAGUUUCAAAUCCACAGGAUCUGUGGAUCUAGAGUAUGCUGCUGAGUAUGAAAGACUCCGUAAAGAGUAUGAAAUCUUCCGAGUCAGCAAGAAUAACGAGAUCUCAUCAAUGCAAAAGAAGGAGGCCAAGCUGGAUGAAGAGAACAAGAGGCUGAGAGCUGAGCUACAGGCACUGCAGAAGACCUACCAGAAGAUCCUUAGAGAAAAAGAGAGUGCUCUUGAGGCAAAGUACCAAGCUAUGGAGAGGGCUGCCACUUUUGAACAUGACAGGGACAAAGUAAAAAGACAGUUUAAGAUUUUCCGGGAGACAAAAGAAAAAGAGAUUCAGGAUCUCUUGCGGGCCAAGAGGGAUUUAGAGGCCAAAUUGCAACAGUUGCAGGCUCAGGGCAUUCAGGUCUAUGACCUAAAUGAUUCUGAUUCAGAUGAUAACCAAACCACUGUCACUGCUGCAGGGACACAGUGCGAGUACUGGUCUGGUGGUGUGCUGGGAAGUGAACCUUCUAUGGGCAGCAUGAUGCAGUUGCAACAGACCUUCCGGGGACCAGAGUUUGCCCACAGUUUGAUAGAUGUGGAGGGACCCUUUGCAAAUGUGAGCAGGGAUGACUGGGAUGCUGCGGUAGCCAGUCUGCUUCAGGUCUCCCCUCAUGUGCCCCAGGCCUUAUGGAGUAACACAGUGCGCUGCUACCUAAUCUUUACCCAGGAGACCAAAACUGAGCUUGAAAUCUUUGUUAAGAAACACUCUCCUGUGUUACGGAGAAUGUGUGAAGGUCUCGGCCAUUUCUACUUGAAUGUCUGCUUUCCAGAGGAGAAUGCUGCCUCAUACGCUGUGGAGCGCAAGCAGGAGAUUGAACGGAGCUCUGUGUGUGUGCUUCUUCUCAAAUCUACUGUCACUAGCUCCGUGGUAGAGGACUGUGAGGAGGCUUUUGUUAAAAAUCCAGAUGGCCAUCCACUGGUGCUCUUCCUCAGGACUGAAGAAGAUCACAAUUUGACUGGACCCACCAGGCAGCUGCUAGAAAGGAUCAAUGCUGCAGACAAGGCCGCUAAAGUCAAGGUGGUGGAUCACAGUGGUUCUGCAGAGGAGGGAGCUGACCUGAUUUAUGCUCAACUAGAGAAAGUCAUCAAACAGGAGUUGCUGGGUCUUGAAGGAGGAGAUGUUGACUCUAAGGACUCUGGGAUAGAGGAGGGACGUGAGGAAGACUCUGGAGAUGUGCUGUGGGAUCUGCAUGAUGAGCAGGAGCAGAUUGAGUCCUACCAGCAGGCCUGUAACACUACAAACUCCCAGUUAGGCUUCCAGAAGUAUAUAGAUCGUUUGAAUGACAUGAUAGCUGCUCCCCCUCCCACCCCUCCUCUGCUGGUGUCUGGUGGUCCGGGCUCAGGGAAGUCUCUGCUGCUCUCCAAAUGGAUCGAGCAGCAACAGAAACAGUCCCCCAACACCUUGUUCCUUUAUCAUUUUGUUGGUCGCCCACUGUCCACAAGUUCAGAGCCAGUUCUCAUUAUCAAACGCCUCACAGUCAAACUGCUGCAGCACUUCUGGUCCAUUUCUGGCCUGUCCAUGGAGCCCAGUAAGAUCUUGGAGGAGUUCCCCCGCUGGCUUGAAAGACUAUCAGGACGUCAUCAAGGAAACAUCAUCAUCAUCAUCGACUCCAUUGACCAGAUACAACAAGCAGAAAGGCACAUGAAGUGGCUGAUUGACCCUCUCCCUGUCAAUGUCAGAGUGGUUGUGUCUGUCAAUGUAGAGACAUGUCCUCAAGCCUGGAGGUUGUGGCCCACACUCCACUUAGACCCACUAAGUCCUAGAGAGGUCAGGAGCGUUGUAAAUGCAGAGUGCCAGAGCAUGGAUCUCAAAUUUAGCAAGGAUCAGGAGAAGAAGCUGGAAAGGCACUGUCGAUCUGCAUCGACCUGCAAUGCAUUGUAUGUCACACUACUGUCAAGGAUGAUCAUCAGCAGUAUAUCCUGUUUGUCACUGGAGAAGAGCCUGGAGCAGUGUCUACAGUGUCAAGACACCAUGUCACUAUACCGCCUGGCACUCAAGAUGAUGCUGAACUCCUUCAACACAGACAGAGAGAGACACUUUAUGAGAGAGAUACUGUGUCUAGUAUGUGCCAGCCAUAAUGGAGUGAGUGAAUCAGAGGUACUAGACCUUUUACCAGAAGUGGAGUUGCCUGUCCUGACCUCACUGCUUUACCGUCUGAACAGACUCUGCAUUGUAACCCUCCGUUGUGGGCUCAUCAGGUUUCAACACCUGCAGGCUUGGGAAGCUGUGAGGUUGGAGUUUCUGGAUGGAGGAAGCAGCUCUGCUGCUUAUAGAGAGAAGCUCAUACAAUAUUUCAGUCAGCAACUCAGCCAGGACCGUGUGACUUGGCGUGUCGCAGAUGAACUGCCCUGGCUGCUCCAACAGCAAGAUGAUAGGACUAAACUACAACUUAGCCUCCUGAACCUGUUUGUCUCCCAAAACCUCUACAAGAGGGGUCAUUUCUCUGAGCUGCUAGCCUAUUGGCAAUAUGUGGGCAAAGACAAAAGCUCCAUGGCCACCGAGUACUUUGACUCCCUGAAACACUAUGAGAAGAGCUGUGAGAGCGAAGACAGCAUGACCAAGCUGGCAAACCUGUAUGAGACCUUGGGACGUUUCCUCAAAGAUCUGGGCCUCCCUAGUCAGGCUGUAGCCCCUUUACAAAGGUCCCUUGAGAUUAGGGAGACAGCUUUGGACCCAGACCAUCCCAGCGUAGCUCGCUCCCUGCACCAGCUAGCCGGGGUUUAUGUUCAGUGGAAGAAGUAUGGUAACGCUGAGCAGCUAUACAAGCAGGCCCUGGAGAUAAGUGAGAAUGCUUAUGGAGCUGAGCAUGCCAGCGUAGCACGAGAGCUGGAGUCACUCGCCAUGCUGUAUCAGAAGCAAAACAAAUAUGAACAAGCAGAGAAACUCAGGAAGAUGUCUGUGAAGAUCCGUCAGAAGACUGCUCGCCAGAAAGGUCAUAUGUAUGGCUUCACUCUGUUGAGACGCAGAGCUCUACAGCUGGAAGAGCUGACCCUGGGAAAAGACUCUGCAGACUGUGCCAAGACACUUAAUGAACUGGGUGUCCUCUACUACCUCCAAAACAACCUUGAUGCGGCCAAGGUAUUCUUGACCCGUUCUCUGGAGAUGCGUCAGCGUGUCCUGGGUCCAGACCACCCAGACUGUGCUCAGUCCCUCAACAACCUGGCUGCACUGCACACAGAGAGGAGGGAGUAUGAGACAGCUGAGGACAUGUAUGAGAGGGCGCUAGACAUCCGCAAGACGGCCUUGUCCCCAGACCACCCCUCUCUGGCAUACACACUCAAACACCUGGCCAUGCUCUAUAAACGCAGAGGGAAGCUGGAAAAGGCUGUUCCACUGUAUGAGCUGUCUCUGGAAAUCAGGGAAAAAAGUUUUGGGCCCAAACACCCCAGUGUGGCCACAGCACUGGUCAACCUGGCUGUAAUCUACUGCCAACUAAAGAAGCACAGUGACGCCUUGCCUCUUUAUGAACGAGCGCUGAAAGUAUACGAGGAUAGCUUGGGGCGCUCACACCCACGGGUCGGAGAGACCCUCAAAAACCUUGCUGUGCUGAGCUACGAAGAGGGUGACUUCGAGAAGGCUGCAGAGCUUUACAAACGUGCAAUGGAGAUAAAGGAGGCAGAGCCAUCGUUAGUGUGUGGGAACGCCCCGUCCCGCCACUCCUCCAGUGGGGACACAUUCAGUCUGAGGGGACCUGCUCCCCUCCCACAUGCCCCGAGGUGACUCUGUUCAGCCACCUACUGCCACAGAACAAUACAGGCUGGUUUGACAGCACUAACUACCAUAGAAUCACCAAAUCAGGACCCCAUGGUUUUAUCAAAAAGGGAACCAUCCUGUGAUUGUUGUCUAGAUGGAGUUGUAGUUGAAUAUGCUGUACCUGCGAGUAUGAUUAGGUCUGCCACAUUAGUCUGUGAAAAGUAUUUAUUAAUAUUUCAUUUCACAUAAUCAUGUGUUUAAGGAAAUCAGUCCUUUUCAUGGGCCUGGAACUCAGGUUUACACUAUUAAUUCAGACUCAAACACUUUGAUCUUUAUUACAUGCGGAUGCCUGAAAGUGUACAUCAAAAUGGCAGCACAGAUUCAUUUGCACCCAUAAAACACGAUAAUUGACCAGACACACAAAGUGCUUUCCAAUGUACAGUAGAUAUUACUGUAUGCACUUUUUCAAAUCUUUAAUUUUUUGUCAAUUAUGGUUAUGGAAUUAAGAAAACCCAAUGAAUCAUUCUUUAAGUUUGAUUUUAAAUGAACAAGGCUGACAGUAAGGGCUUCUCAAGGUUCUUUUAAGGAGAUGACAUCAUGAACUGUCAAACACUGCUACAGCUCACGCUGAUCAUGCUGUUAUCUUUUACCAAAACUCUUCAGACCUCCGAUUUAUUGCCAAGUCUACAUUCCUGAAUGAAGGGUUAUUUUUUUUUUUAAGUUGGUACAUUAAGAUAGUAUUUAUGUUUACAUUAAAUUGUGUUUACCCACUAAAGUAUGUAAUCCA